CGCGAAAUCGACCAGUCGAGAUAUAUGCCUGGUCGAGAUCGAGAAAAAUAUUUCUAACCAAGAAAUGUUCCUAACGGGAAACUUGCGUCGUGUGACAAUAUGUUUUGUUGUUGUUGCGUAUGGAGAUGAUUCAGGAAACAUUCUAACUGAUUGAUCGAUCACUGUAUUUAAUGCAUUGUUCCGACAUUAUUAACCGAGAUAGUUUUAAGGUUACCGACACGCCUCGGGACGGAAUUCCCGGAUACACUUCAAAGAGAUAGUUUUAAUGACGGAGCAGCUGCCAGCGGCAGGCACGCGCACGUGUUCCGCAUCCUCCACUAGUUAUUUUCGGCUACCUCGGUGAGUGUGUCAAAGGGCAAGGCUAGGCAGCGAGAGGACCGUUCUGGGAACUCUGCCAGUUGGCUCUGAACUAUGAUACGCGACGGACAGCGCGACAGCCGGUCCGACGCCUCUUAGAACCGCACGGUUUCGGAAAUUGCUUUCCUUCGACGUGGACACACAUCGACGACAUCGAGAUACCGCAGUAGUAUCAAACGUGUACCGCCGGUCUUUGACUUCAUCAGAGACAAUUCACGUUCUUUUCUUCCUUUUUACUUCUUUCUAAACAGUCGAACGUCAUGAGUAUCCCGGAGGGUGUCACGAAGUGCGUGGCUGUGCUAAGGGCGGUGGACACCGACUCGGAAAAGUUCGCCGCGCUGUUCAUGGUCACCAAGCUGGUGAAAGGCAAGGAUUGCAACUCUGCUGCCAAGAGAAUGCUCUUCGAAGCCAUCGGAGCUAAGUUUCUCAAGAAGCUGUUGUCCAGCACAAGCGUCCCUGUGGACUGUCCACCGCAAGUCUACCAAUCAGUGGCGUUGUCCAUUCUUUCCGCGUUCUGCACAGAUCCCGAAUUGGCCUCUCAUCCCGAUAUGGUGGGACAUAUCCCGGCGCUCCUGGGGAUAGUGUCUCAGGCUGACGAGGAUGCGCCAGACGACAUGCUAAUCAUCGUCAGUGAGGCUUACACUUGCUUGCAGUGUAUCGCACAGUAUCCUCCUGGGCAGAAAGCGUUGCUCGAACAAAAAGCGAUUCCAAAGAUGUGCGACAUAUACGCGGAGAAGACCUUUCAGACGGACGAGGCUUUAAAUAUUCUAGUCACGUUGGUCAGUACGUUUGGACCGGAAGCUUGGAAUCCAACAGAUACUCAGCCCUUCCACGCUAUAACGAAUAAGAUAGCUUUAGACUUUGAAACUGAUCAUACGGAGAGAAAAUUCGAGCUAUGCGCCAUUCUACAGGCUUUAUUGCAAUCCUGCAGAAAGGAAGUGAUAUCGAACGCAAAUCAAGAAUCUUGGCCGUUGAGCAUUCAUAAAGGUCUGAGCGAUAUUCUGGGAUCGAAAAUAGGCAAAAAGCAACGGGAUCCAGCUUUGAAACUCGCGUCUGUAAUGAUAGAUUUGUUGGGAGCGGAUUGGGCCAUGUCCGACAAGGAAAAACCAAAGAUAUUCUUCCUUCUGCUCAUUCAAUUGGCGUCGAUUGAGGUCCGAAUGCAGUUAGAGGACAAACAGCUUAAAGCUGUGCUUGAGAAUAGCGAUUUGAUCACGGCUUGCUUUAUUAUUCUCGAGAUCUCAAUCAGCUACAUCGUUACAGAUCAGCUGGAUUUGGAGCAGAAAGAAAAGCAGUCUUUAUACACGGCCUUGAAGGGCGCCUUCGCGGCUGUUAUCGGUCUACUGAGUUCCGUAUCAAAGAUGAAAACGUUGACGAAUGUGAAAGAGAAGCUAUUCGUAUGCGCCGUUGUCAGGGUACUCACAGCUUGGAUGGCGCAAGAAACGAGCGCGAUGCGUCCGCAAGUUUACGCCGUGUUACCAUACGUGCUAACGGUAGCUAACGAUACCUUUUACGCGCAUCGAAACAGGAAAUUAGCCGAGAAAGUCAAAUGUAAAGCUAAAGCGGAUGAAGGAACGUCGUCUGGAGAACCAACCGUUCACGAUCCAAUAAGCGAGAUCGACAUAUUGAGACUAUUAUUGCCUGCUCUAUGCUAUCUGGCCGUGGAAGAGCCCGCCAGAAAGAUUCUUCUUCAGCAUAAGCAAGACGAAAUCUUGUUCGAGUGCCUCUCCUAUCAUUGGACCAUCGUACACUACAAGAAGCCGCCGGUGCCGAGAUCGGAGCGUCUGAAACUUCUGCAAGAUGGCAAUCGCACGGAGGAGCUGGAUCUGCAUAUUCUGGAGGAAAUGAAGGAUUCUAGAACCGCGAUGGUGUCCAUCUGCAACGUCUUGAUGAACAUCACCGUGCUGGAGGCAAAAUUGGUGGAGGAAUCGCCGACAUUCAUUUCGCUGCUGAAGUUCAUCUACAACAAUCUGCCGGAGCUAAAGCAGAUCCCGGAGAAUCUGGUGCUGCACGGUCAUCUGGCGGUCUUAGGCUUGUUAUUAAUGAAGCAACAGGCAAAACGUAUCAAGAAAACCGACUUCUCGAUAUGCCGUUACAUUCAGGCCACCAUAAGAUUCCUGUGGGAUGCGUACAUUAUCGAUGAAAGCAACGAUCCUACUGAACUGGUAGUUUCCAUGUCUUACAAGGAACACUGGAUGGAACUGAUGGAGCUCUGGUUCCUGGGGAUGCAGACGAUGUCUGGCGUGCUGCAAGUGAUACCCUGGUUGUCGCAAUUUACGAUAGAAUCCGGCUGGGCGGAGGAGAUCAUCGAGACGCUGAAACGAGUGAAGAUUGGCGGUCUGGAACCGAACGUCAAGUCAGCCUUCGAGGAUCUGCUGUGUCAUUUGGUGAAGGCUGACGAUAACGUCGCAUCAGUGUUGAAAAAAUGCGGCGCGUUAACUGUCUGUCGAAAUCAUCGCAUGAUGGAGCUUGGAAAACGCCUCUUUGGAGAUUAGGAUUGAGCAAUGAGAACAUUAUUGUAUAGUUUUUCGAUUUUAUAUUGCGCGAGCGAUGUAAAAAAAUUAUGCGGAAUUAUAGCGGAAGUAGUGAAGAAUUAAUUAAGCGAGGCGAACAAUUAAUCGAACUUUUGAACUAUAAAGACUUAAGAUCUUUGUAAAAUAGUCUGUAGUAUUUUGCGACUUAAAUUUAUUAUUUUACGCGUCUCUCCUGCAUACGAUAUUUGAAAUACGUAUAUGCGCGUAGUCCAGUGUAUAUUUAGACAGCAUCACGUCUGGAAAUAGUUUCCUGGCAAGCAAGAAAACUAAGAAACUUAUCGCUCGAAGGAACUCUUAAGUAAAUCAUGUAUACAGAGAUACAUGAGACUUUAAUAUAUACAUUUCGUUUGUAUGUGUGUGUUAUUAUCAGAUGUACUUCUUUUUACUUUGCCACAUUGCGAAAGCGAAGAUUGUAAUAGUAUUGAUGUUACUAUAAUCCUAAGAUGUUUUAAUUUGAGAAAAGAUUUUGUAAUGAGAGAAAUAGUUUCCUAUUAAA